AUGUCCAACACCGACUUCCUCGGUCGAGCAAUCGACACCGUAAAGAAGGCGAUUGAUAUGGACACCGCGGGGUCAUAUGAACAAGCAUAUCAACAAUACUAUGCCGCCCUUGAACUUUUCAUGCUCGCUCUCAAAUGGGAAAAGAAUCCGAAAUCAAAAGAGAUGAUUCGUGCAAAGGCUGCUGAGUAUAUGGACCGCGCAGAAAAGUUAAAGACACACAUCCAGUCGAACGAUCCAAACAAUAAGAAGAAACCAGCCGCUAUGGGUACCAACGGCAAGGCCGUCAAUGGCGCUGGGAAGGGUGAUGCAGGAGACAAGGACGAGGAAGAUGCAGACAGCAAGAAAUUGAGAGGACAGCUGACCGGCGCUAUCCUGACCGACAAACCCAACGUCAAAUGGGAGGAUGUUGCUGGUUUGGAAGGUGCUAAAGAAGCCCUGAAGGAAGCUGUCAUAUUGCCCAUCAAAUUCCCCCAUUUGUUCCAAGGCAAACGACAACCCUGGAAAGGUAUUCUACUUUAUGGUCCACCAGGUACUGGAAAAUCAUAUCUUGCCAAAGCCGUCGCUACCGAAGCCAACAGUACAUUCUUUAGCGUUUCAUCCUCAGAUCUAGUGAGCAAAUGGAUGGGUGAGUCUGAACGACUUGUGAAGCAACUGUUCAACAUGGCAAGAGAGAACAAACCGGCAAUUAUCUUCAUCGAUGAAGUCGACGCUCUUUGCGGUCCCAGAGGAGAAGGCGAAUCUGAAGCCUCAAGGCGCAUCAAGACCGAAUUGCUCGUACAGAUGGAUGGUGUCGGCAAAGAUUCGAGGGGUGUUUUGAUCCUUGGUGCGACAAAUAUUCCGUGGCAAUUAGACGCAGCCAUCCGAAGACGUUUCCAGAGACGAGUCCACAUUUCUCUCCCCGAUAAGCCAGCCAGAAUGAGAAUGUUCGAGCUUGCUGUAGGCGACACGAAAUGCGAAUUGUCCCAGACCGACUACAAGACCUUAUCCGAUCUGAGUGAGGGCUAUUCAGGAAGUGAUAUCAGUAUUGCUGUCCAAGACGCCCUGAUGCAGCCUGUCAGAAAGAUCCAAACCGCAACACACUACAAAAAGGUGAUUGUCGACGAUGAAGAGAAACUUACCCCUUGCUCCCCAGGGGAUACUGGUGCGAUGGAGAUGACGUGGGUAGAUGUCGACUCGGAAAAACUUCUCGAGCCGCCGUUAGUUGUCAAAGAUUUCAUCCGUGCCAUCAAAGCCUCACGGCCGACCGUCUCAGGCGAAGAUCUCAAACGUAAUUCAGAAUGGACGGCGGAGUUUGGUAGUGAAGGUGCCUAA